GGAUAUCAGUCAGGGUUAAAUACCGUAUAUAAAGGGCAGGACAGACAGAGCAGAGACAGAAGAGAGUGGACAGCAGCUUCUGGUUUGGACUACAAGGACACUCAACAUGUCUCAGCCAGGAGAGGUGAAGAAAAAGAAGAGGCCUCCAGUGAAGGAGGAGGACCUGAAAGCAGCCCGCAGUAAGCUGGGCCUAAAGGGAGAAGUGAAGAGUAAAACGUAUGAGGUCAUGGUGGAGUGUGAGCGUAUGGGUAAAGUGGCUCCAUCCGUAUUCAGUGGUGUUCGUUCAGGAGGAGAGACAGCACUGGACAAACCCAAACCUGCAGCAGGAAGUGUGUUUGGCAAGUGAGGACAUCAGAAAAGCAUCAGAAAGAAGAUAAAGAACACAAAGUUUGGAUGAAUGACCCUUCUGGAAAGUUACAAUGGUCUGAGGGAUAAUUAUCUUAAAAAGUGAUUUGAAUUAUUUUUUUAUAUACAUUUGUGCCCAUCUGUACAAUGACUGAACACUUUAGCAACACUGAUAUAAUUUGAUUGAUGUUGAUUUUAUAUUCUAUGUGGUCAAAUUCAUACUUUUUUAAAUACAUAUGUAUUUGUCUGGUCCUUUGAGCCAAUUUCUAGUCUUAUGUUUUAUACAAUAAAGUAAUAAAAUUGUUACAUAUUA